GAGCCUGGAGCAGGGCCCAGAAGGACCACAAACCCCCAUUCAAGUGGUGCUCAGGGUGCGUCCCAUGAGCACGGCAGAGCUGCAUAGAGGGGAGCAGAGUGCUCUACACUGUUCAGGGAUCCGGACUCUGCAGGUGAUAAACCUUCCUUAACCUCCGCAAAGGAACCUGUGGAGGGGACCCUGGUGCCAAAUGGAGCAACACUGCCUUGGGAUCCUUCUUUCCACAGAUUGCCCCUCCUCUACGGAGUGCCCCGCCUUUCUUUUAAUUGUCCCGCCUCUCCAGGGUGCCUUCUCCCACCCCAGAAUGCCCUACUCCUCCUAGAUACCCAGCUAAUUUCAGAGUGUCCGCCUCUUCAAAUACCCCAUCCCUACACAGUGCCUCACUCAUCCCAGAGGGCCCGUCCCCUCUAAGGUGUCGCGUCUACUCUAAAGACCCUUCCUUCAGAUUGCCCCGCCCUCCUGGGUGCCUGGCCCUGCACAGUGCCCGCCCGUAUGCCAUCCCCAUUCCAGGUGAGGUCCCCAGGUGGGGGCCCCGACAUAGCAUUCCGCUUCGCUGCUGUACUGGAUGGGGCGUGCACGCAAGAGGACGUGUUCAGAUCAUGCGGGGUGAAGCGCCUUGGCGAGCUGGCGCUGCAAGGACAGGAUCGGGCAAGACUUACACUCUGACAGGACCCCCUCCACAGGGGGAAGGGGUGCCCGUGCCCCCCAGCCUGACUGGCAUUAUGCAGAGGACCUUCGCCUGGCUAUUAGAUCGUGUGCAUCACCUGGGUUUCCCUGUCACCCUCCGAGCCUCCUAUCUGGAGAUCUACAAUGAGCAGGUUCGGGACUUGCUGAGCCUGGGGUCUCCUCGGCCUCUGCCUGUUAGGUGGAGCAAGGCUCGAGGCUUCUAUGUGGAGCAGCUUCGGGUGGUGGAGUUUGGCAGUCUGGAGGCCCUGAUGGAGCUCCUGCAGAUGGGUCUCAGCCGCCGUCAGAGCUCCUCACAUACCUUGAACCAGGCCUCCAGCAGAAGCCAUGCCCUGCUCACGCUCUAUGUCAGCCGCCCAACUCCUCAGCAGGUACCCCCUGUGGACCCUGGGGAACCUCCUGUUGGGGGCAAGCUGUGCUUCGUGGACCUGGCAGGUAGUGAGAAGGUGGCAGCAACAGGAUCCCGAGGGCAGCUGAUGCUUGAGGCCAAUAGUAUUAACCGCAGUCUAUUGGCACUGGGACACUGUAUCUCCCUGCUGUUGGACCCACAGAGGAAGCAGAGCCACAUUCCCUUCCGAGACAGCAAGCUCACCAAGUUGCUGGCAGACUCACUCGGGGGCCGUGGGGUCACCCUCAUGGUUGCCUGCGUGUCUCCAUCAGCCCAGUGCCUUCCUGAGACUCUCAGCACCCUGCGAUAUGCAAGCCGAGCUCAGAGGGUCACCACCCGGCCACAGGGUCCUAAGUCCCCUGGAGUAAAGCCACCCCAGCAAGGAGCACCUGAGCUGCUGCAGCUCCAAGAGGAGAAUUGUCACUUGCGGUCCCAGCUGGAUCAAAUGCGGACUAAGGCACCAGGGAUCCAUGGGACCCGAGUGGCCUGGGCCCAGCGGAACCUCUAUGGCAUGCUGCAGGAGUUUAUGCUGGAGAAUGAGAGGCUUAGGAAGGAAAUGAGAGAGCUGCGGAGCAGUCGGGACCUGGCCCAGGCAGAGCAGCGUGUUCUGGCCCAGCAGGUCCAUGAAUUGGAGAGGCACCUGCAUUCUGUUCAUGCCCUUCCCCAGCAGGGCUCUGCCUCCAUGUGCCCCUGCUUCAUGGGUCCAGCUGCCUCCUGCCGUGCACUACCACCCUUCUGCCCCUGCUUUCACCUCUGUCCUCUGUGCCGAGUAUCCCUGGCCCACUGGGCCUGCCCUCGGAGGAAGUGCCAUAUGCCACAGCAGGAGCUAGGACCCGAGGCCCCAGGUCACAUAUCUCUUUGUGCACGGCCCCCACCCUCAGCACCUCCACCAAGUCCUGGCUCUUCCAAGCCCCCACGAGAGAGGAGCCACAGUGACUGGACACAGACACAAGUCCUGGCAGAGAUGCUGAUAGGGGAGGAGGUGGUGCCCUCUGCACCACCCAUGCCCACUGGGUCCUCGAACCUGUCACCCAUGCUAAGAGGAGGAUCUGGGAUCCUGAACCUGACUCAGAGGCCGGAGGCCAUCACACACCAGAUCAGCAACUCACUGAACCUCAGCCAGAGUCAGUCACAGCCCAGCGAGAGCAUGCAGGGCCCUACCAAGGGCCUCUCUCCUCGUUAAAGACUGCCAGACUAGCUCUGCCCACCAGGCCUGCAUCUCUGUGUCUGUGAAUGGGAAAGACAUGUUGCUGGGUAGAUCUGGGGAAUUCAAAGUUACUAAAACCCCCUGCCACCGCCCAGACCUUGAACCUGAGACUGGGUUCAGAAGACACUGGCAGUGG